UGAGUGAAAGCAGCCGAGCCUUCCCCUCAACAGUCCACCACUUCUCUAAUAAUACUCAUAAAUUAAGGUUCUCCACGUGGAGGGACUCCGCGCGCACACGGGGACGGAAGGAGCCUUUCCCGGGAACAUGCUCAGGUAGCAGCAGCCACCGGAUCAGGAUGUCUGAUGACGAAGAGGAACACAUGAACAGGAGGAAGAGAGAAGUGGAGAUCAUCACGAGCAGUGAUGACGACAACGAUGGAGACGAUGAAGAUGAAGCGAAACACCACCAGUCCCACAGCGCCCCCUUCAGCUCCGAGAAUGAGGCUCAGGGCGGCGACCCGGCAGUGUGGCAGUGCAACCCUCCGCCAUCUACCUCGCCGUCGGCGGAGACGGCGGCCCACCCUCCCUCGUCCCAGCCCGCGUCCAGACCCCACUCCAGGCCGGCAAGCCAAAGUCCCUCCCCUCCCUCCACCCUGACGGGAACCAAGAAGAGGAGCUCCAAGCCGGCACACAUGAGACGCAACAUCAGGAAGUUACUGAGGGAGCACCAGCUGGAGGCAGUGACCAAAGUGGCCCAGCAGGAGGAGCUGGAAAGAAGGCGACGUCUGGAGCAGCAGAGAAAGCAGGACUUCCCUGUCCCACUGCUGCCUGAGUACUCCAGUGGCGAUGUGGUGAAACAUGUCACAUCAUCUUCAUCAUCGUCGUCGGUAUCCGCGGCGUCGCAGCCGGCCGCGAAGUCGGGCCGGGAGGAGGUGAUCUGUCUGGACUCCAGCACCGCCAGCGAGGACGACAGCAAGGCUAAAGUCCCCACCUCUACCGCCUCAGAGGAAACACACAAAAGAGACAUCAUCGAUCUGAGCUCAGGCGAAGACGACGCCAUCGUUCACAUCAGCAGCGAGUCCACCAACGAGGCGGAGGAGGCGGAGCCCAGCGGUGCGCACGACAACGACGCCCUCAACCAGCCGGACGCGCAGGGGAGAGUGCUGAUCAACCUGAACCGUCCCGCUGAGGAGCAGGACAUUUUCCUCUCGCCUCAGCUGGCGCGAGCAGUCAAACCUCACCAGAUCGGUGGAAUCCGCUUUCUGUACGACAACCUGGUGGAGUCGGUGGAGAGGUUCAGCAGCAGCAGCGGCUUCGGCUGCAUCCUGGCUCACAGCAUGGGCCUGGGAAAAACGCUCCAGGUCAUCUCCUUCAUCGACGUCCUGUUCCGACACACCCGGGCUCACACCGUACUCGCCAUUGUCCCGGUGAACACAUUGCAAAACUGGUUGGCAGAGUUCAACACGUGGGUCCCGCCCCCCGAGGCGUUGCCCCCGGAUACCGAUCCCGCACUGGUGACGCCGCGCACGUUCAAGGUGCACAUCCUCAACGAUGAGCACAAGAACACGGCGACCAGAGCCAAGGUGGUGGAGGACUGGGCUCGGGACGGCGGCGUGCUGCUCAUGGGUUACGAGAUGUACCGCCUUCUGUCCCUGAAGAAGAGCUUUGUGGCCGGAAGGAAGAAGAAGAGCAAGAAAACAGCAGGACCCGUCGUCAUCGACCUGGAUGAAGAGGACAGGCAGCAGGAGCUACUGAAAGGUAUUGAGAAGGCCUUGGCCAGGCCCGGUCCAGACGUGGUCAUCUGUGACGAAGGACACCGCAUCAAGAACUGCCACGCCAGCACGUCCCAGGCCCUGAAGAACAUCCGCACCCGCCGCCGCGUGGUUCUCACCGGCUACCCCCUCCAGAACAACCUCAUCGAGUACUGGUGCAUGGUGGACUUUGUCCGACCCGACUUCCUUGGCACUCGUCAGGAGUUCAGUAACAUGUUUGAACGUCCCAUUCUGAACGGGCAGUGUGUGGACAGCACGCCUCAGGACAUCCAGCUCAUGAGGUACAGGAGUCACGUCCUGCACAGCCUGCUGGAAGGCUUUGUACAGAGGCGUGGUCACGACGUCCUGAGGGACCAGCUGCCUUCCAAGGAGGAGCAUGUCAUCUUAGUGCGUCUGUCGCCCCUGCAGAGGGCGCUCUACACCGAGUUUAUGAACCGCUUCAGAGAAGCAGGGAACACAGGGUGGCUCAGCCUCAACCCGCUGAAGGCUUUUUGUGUCUGUUGCAAGAUUUGGAACCAUCCAGAUGUGCUGUUCGAGGCCUUACAGAAGGAAAACCUUGCCAGUGAGCAGGACUUGGACCUUGAUGACCUUACCUCCGCAGGACAAACCCGAUGCCCCACAGCACCCAAUCAGAAGUCUAAGAACCUGGACAAUCCCAUCCCCAUUGGCGGCCUGAGUCUGAACCAGCUACAGGAGAAAGCCAACCAGGUCAUCACCUACGAAUGGGCAAAAGAUAUCAUGUGUGACUACAAGCCCGGCCUCCUGGAGAACUCAGCAAAGAUGGUGCUGCUGUUCCACCUGAUCGAGGAGAGCGUCCGCAAGGGAGACAAAAUCCUGGUUUUCAGUCAGAGUUUGUCCACGCUGACGGUCAUUGAAGAUUUCUUAGCAAAGAGACCAGUUCCGCCAUCACCCAAUGCACCCAGCAAGGACAGAAUGAACCAGAACUGGGUCCGCAAUCUCAACUACUACAGACUUGAUGGAAGCACAACAGCCUCAGAGAGAGAGAGACUCAUCAACCAGUUCAAUGAUCCAUCCAACACCUCAGCAUGGGUCUUUCUGCUGUCUACCAGGGCUGGAUGUUUAGGUGUGAACCUGAUCGGUGCCAACCGCGUGGUGGUGUUCGACGCCUCCUGGAACCCGUGCCACGAUGCCCAGGCCGUGUGUCGCGUUUACCGCUACGGCCAGAGGAAGCCAUGCCAUAUCUACCGACUGGUGUGCGACUUCACUCUGGAGAAGAAGAUCUAUGACCGACAGAUCUCCAAACAGGGCAUGUCUGAUCGUGUGGUGGAUGACCUGAAUCCAGUGCUGACCUUCACCAGGAGGGAAGUCGAGUCUCUUCUUCACUUUGUGGAGGAGGAGCCGAGCCCCUCGCUUGUCCAGCUGAAGCCCCAGGACAGCAUGGAGGGCGUCCUCCGGAAGGCUCUGCACCGCUACUCUCACCUCAUUACAAAGCAACCAUUCCCCCAUGAAUCCCUCCUGAUGGACCGCAGAGAGAUGAGGCUGAGCGCUGCUGAGAAGAAAGAGGCCAAGAAGGGCUACGAAGACGAGAAGAGGGCCUCGGUUCCGUACACCCGCCCUUCCUACGCUCACUACUACCCCGCUAGUGACCAGAGCCUCACCAACAUCCCGGCCUUCAGCCAGAGAAACUGGCGACCUCCCACUCGCACUGAAGAGAAGCCAGUGGCCAGUGUCCGGCCAAACCAGUCAACUCCAGUUCCCAUGAUGCCCCGCCAGGCGUCUGCAGGUUCUACCCAAGGCGGCGAUUCCUCCAGGGCCAGUAUGGGAGGCUUUCCUGUCAACUGCCUGCAGAAAGCUGGAGUGUUUGUGCAGAAAAUCGUCACAACUACUGACAUUGUGAUUCCAGGCACCAACAGCUCGACGGACGUGCAGGCCAGGAUCACCGCUGGCGAGAGCAUCCAUGUUAUCAGGGGCACAAAAGGGACUUAUAUCAGGACAACUGAUGGCCGCAUCUUUGCCAUCAGAGCAGCUAAUAAGGCUAAGAUCACAGAGGAGAGCACAAUGACGCCACCUAAAGACUCACAAGCUCCACCUCAGGAGAGUUCCACCAAUGGGAGCAAUGGCUGCCUUUCCCCCGACAGAGAGCAGCUGGCGGCCUCCAACACGGUGCCCCGCCCGGUGUCGCCCGACAGCCCCGGGAUCCUUAACGAGCUGCAGCGCUACACAGGCGGCACGGCGGCUGCAGCCUCUGCUUCAGCGGCUCCGCCAGAGGGGGCGGCAGAGAGCGCCGCAAACAAACCCCCCGCCGCCAAACUGCUUCACGCCAACGGCAGCAGCAGGGGCAACUUUGACAGUGGAAAUAUGAGCCGCCGCGACGCCUCCGUGGCCGACGUGAUCCCGAUCAACAUGGAUGCCGCCCAAGACCUGAGAACAGGGAACAAGCGCAAAGCCUCCAGCCCGUCCCGUGAGGAGCGGCCCAGUAAGCAGCCGUCUGCUGGCAAGCACUCCUCCGCCUCUCUGGCCUCGCAGGGCUUCCCCUUCACCGGGGGGUACGGCCUGCCACCCCUGGGCCUCAACUCCGCCAUGUUGGGUGGGUCCAUGGGACAUCCACUAUUCAUGGGGCGAAGCUCGCACUACUUCCAGUCCCCUCAGGCUCAGCUGGGCGACGCCAGUUACAUGUACCCGGAGCUGUUUGGCCUGGGCGGCGGCGGCGCCGCCGUCCCCACUUCCUCCUCCCCGUCUUCAACCACGACAACCACGGCUCCAGCCGUGUCAUCUUCCUCCUCUUCCUCAUCAUCCUCUGCAUCAGCCAAAGCUGCCAGUUCGCUCCCGGCCGUGCUGCCGCCGUUCAUGCUGAGCCCCAGCAUGGCCGGCAUGGCCGGGAUGCUGCCUCAAGGCUUCCCGCUGUCCUACAGUCCGUCUCUGGCCAGCCUCUACACCGGCUCCAUGCUGCCCGGCGGGCUGCCGGGCCCGGCCGCCACUCCCGGUCCCGCCGGGGCCAGUUUCUUGUCGCAGUACCCCACCACUGCUGCGUCCGGCUCCUCUUCGUCCUCCCCUUCCUCCUUCUCCCCCUCGGCACGCUCCGAGGGCCACCGGGGCCCGGUCCUGAUGAACGGCGGGGACAUCAGCAGCGUCAGCAGCUCGGAUGACGACGGCGACGAGGAUAAUGAUGAUGAUGUGAUCGAGGUGAAGGGAUAGUGACAGACAGACAGACGGGGUUCUAAUCAUUUAAAUGGGAUGACGUCCUAUUUGCCGGGAUGCAGGUUGAAAAGGGUCCAUUAAGGUCUUUAGGAAAACGGACAGAAAAGUUGAAUGACAGCUCGGUCCCAGCAAAACGGGCUUUCUCUGGUCGUCUCUUCAACCUUGAAGAAACACUUGGAGUGGGGACUGAAAGCAGAAUGGUGACCGUUGAAGGCUAAAGAUUCAAAGGUGAAACGGGAAGAAGGGUGAAAAAGCUUCAAAGUAGAGAAGACGGUGGAAAUCAGAGGACUUUGGGCUUCCAAGUUUGUUAGUUUCGUCCUGUAAGGGCAUGAAAAUGCUAAUCACUGGACUUCGUACUGCUGAGUGUGGGCCUGCAGUGACCCCAGACGGCCACUAGUAGUUGUACUGUUGACUUUAGAGAUUCUAGUUCUGCAGCUUUGCUCAAUGUUGAAUCGCUCGCUUUUCAGCUUCAUUUAAAAAAAAAAAAAAAAAAAAAGAUGACAGUAGGAUGGAGAUGCUUAUUGAAAAAAAAAGUUUGACAUACAUUAGCUGGUAGUUUAAUUCGUUAAAUAACUGAAAUGGUAUUGUUUGUCAAUUGUUGAAUAUUGCUACUGAAUAUUUGUGGAAAAAAAAGAGGUGAGAAGAGCAAACCAAACUUCAGAAAGUGUUUUGAUUGAACCUAGAAAUUCACUGCCAGGCCAAGGGUAUUGUACGUUUUUAUUCACAUAGAGAAAAACAGAGGAAAUGGGAUCACCUUGAAUUCUAAAGAAACUGGUGGCUUGUUGAGGACAGUGGUAAAGACAUUUACUGAAACUUUAAAACUCUAUUGAAAGAAUGUAUACUUAAUCAAAUGCCUUUCUACCAGGCCUUUUUGAAAAGACUCCUUCUGUUUAGGCAUCAGACACGGGAAGAUCUGAUUUUUCCUCUUUUUUUGGUGUGUGCGUAUUUUAUAUUUAUGUAGUCAUUUUUUUAAAGAUUGCCUAAAAACAGCCAGGUAAAUACGAGAAAAAAAAAAGAAGAAACAAACUGUGUCCUAGUGAGGUGUCGUCCUCGUAGCGGAGAAACAACCAACAGAAAAUGCCUUUUUUGCCUCCAUCUUUCUGAAUGUUAACUGUGAGAGAGAGGAGAGGUUAAGGAGAGACAAACGCUCUCUGGAUCUCACCCACAGUCUUACUGUAGCCUAGAGAAAAACGAUGCAAAACACUCAAGCCUAUAUAUGUAUGUGUACAAGCCCAGAGGAACUGAGCUCGCCAGCGCCUGAGUUUUGGUUGCGCUCGUCGUCGUUACCGUGUUCGUUUGUGCGUGUUGUGUUUUUAAGGGUUACAAAAGGAAUAGAAGUAAAACAAACAUGAAACUAAAAAAAAAAAAAAAGAGUAGGAACUCGUGUUACAUGGUUUGCUAACUGGUCCAGACACAGAUUUCACCUCUGCUCUGCGUUUUCUUUUCUCUGUGUCAUCUCAUUGUUUUGUGAACAGAGCUCGACGUGAAACCAAACUUUUUGUUUUUCUGUUUUCUUGUGGAGAGGGGAUGUCGCUUCGCCAAAAACAAGAAAAGCACAUCAGAGAAGCUCCGUUAAAGAGGAUCGUGUCUUAAAAGAGACCAAAUAAUGUUUUCAACAAUGUAGAACCGAAUGAAUAUCCACCACAGCAACAAUUUACACAUUGUCACACACACACACACACACACAAACACGCUCCCUCUCUUACUGUGUGUGUCAUCCUCACAGCAACGGUUGAGACGUACAUAUCCAUCUCUGCGCUGUGCUGCACUGUAAAAAA